AGGGCCCGAGGUCGUGCGAAAACGCCCGUUGUGAAAAGAAUGCGCCGCCGGGAGCUGAGGCUAGCUCCGCAACUCCGCAGUCGCUUGGGUGCUCAGGGCCUCCUGUCCCAAGCUGUACCGCGCCCUGCAUCCGUAUCUUCCCUGGCCCGCCUCGCCACAGCCGCCCAGCCAGCAACAUGUGGCGCCUCGCGCCAGCCCCGCUCCUGCUGUCGGGGGCCCUGGGCCUCCAGCAGGCGCCCUCGGCAGGCGAGCAGGAGUUCGCCGCCUGGAUGAGCACGCAGGAGGCGCGCCCGUGGGGCCAGGAGUUGUCUUUCGAGGACCUCGAGGACAGGGCCUCCGAGGACCAGCUCGCUAAGACGAAGGAGCUCAAGGCGUCGGCGCUGGCGGGGAUACGGGAGUCGACGUCGAGCAACCUGCACAGGGCGGAGAUGGAGGUCGACGCCUCCUCGGCACUGGAGGGCUUCGCGGAGCCCCUCAACGAGACCGAGGCUUCCGAGAUCGCCGACGCUUGGCUCACCAUCCCGGGCACCGAUGUCACCUUCAGCUACAACACCCACUGCGACCCAGUGGCGGGCUGCCGGAGCAGCGGCCACAAGCUUGGGCAGCCGUCCUUCCAGGAGAUGCAUCGUAACAUGCUGGCCUCCCUCCGUGCCAUGCGCUUCUGCUUCAGCGACGUGCUCGUGAUCCUCGACGUCCCCCACGCGGGCCACGACAAGGUCGGCCCCGAGACGCCUGGCAACGUCUCCAGCCACAUGGUUGUCCCGAAGGAAGCGCCGGGUUCCUUCAGCGAGAUGCGGCUAGCGGCCGGCCAGAGUGUCAAGAGGUUCAGCGUGGACUCUGGGCUCUCAACGGCGGCCUCCGCCACCGCCAAGGCCGCUGCGGAGUUGCUGCGCGACCACUGCCCCGCCGCUGCCCCACAGUGGAAGGUGAAGGUCAUGGACUAUGGCUCCGAGGAGGUGCGGCAGCGGGCGCUUGAGCACUACGCCAUCCCAGACGGCGAGAAGAGCAGCAGCUUCUUCGAUAGCAUGUACAUCAACACCAUGGCUCUGGACGAGAAUUUCCAGGCCAGGAGCCAGUAUGUGUACCACAUGGACGCUCAGUGGCGUCUCUACAGAAGCAACUUCUCGAGGAGCACGCCUAACUUCAUCGAGAAGGCCGUGUCCCUCAUGAAGGCGGACAGCCGAGUCUACAUGGCUUCCGUCAUCAACACCUUCAACCUCGAGCCCCAGAAGAACCCAUACAACAAGUUCGCAGUGAUUCCCGGGUCCGUGCAUGGCAGCACCCCUCUCGAGCGUGUGAAGGGCAUGCUGCAAGGCUGGAGCAAAGACCAGUGGCUGUCGCAGAAGCGUCCGCUCCGCGGAGAGGCUUUCCACGGGAAAUGGGAGGACCCUGAGGCAAAUCAGAAGCUCGCGCUCUUCAAGAUGAACUGGGAGAAAUGGGGGGGCAUCGUCACCCGUCACCAGUUCCUCAUGGACACGCAGCGCUUCAAGAGCCUCUUCCCGCUCGAGGAGUGGGACACAGCGGCGGAGCACAUGUGGUCUUCGAACAUGAACAAGAAGGCCCCCGACAGCGCCUUCCAGAUCUACUUCAACGAGACGGUCGGCAUCUUCGCCGGCCCCUCCGAGGCCUGAGCAAGGCGGCCCCCCACCCAGGCCCUGUCUUAUGAUAAGCCCUGUCCAGGAGCGGCCGUCCCCUAUUGCACUGCGCAGGCGAGCCCUUGCGCAUGCAUCUCCGUCGAUAUUCUUGGAGCGGCGCGCCCGUGCACCGCAGGAUUGUCCUUUUGCGAGCGCGCCUCGAUCGCCGCUCCCUCCUCUUCCUCAUGCUCCUCCUCCUCCUCCUCCUCCUCCUCCUCCUCCUCCAAUUCCUC